AAGAAGAAGAAGAAGAAGAAGAAGACAGGAUGCACACAUGUUCAUUUCCCGGGGUCAGCAUUGUCUUCACGCCGUACUUACCCAUACCUCUCGCUGCCAGACCGUAAACACAGGUUACCAUCAGUUUAACUGAAGAAUUUGCGAUGUGGUGGUGUUUUUGUUAAGGCUCACAUAAAAACCAACAUGAAGAACAGAAGUGGUGGCUGUCUGGACAGUCGUCUCAGACAGAGAGUGGAGCAGUAUUUGGCGACAUGCACCAGUGAAUAUGUGGACCUUUCAGCCAUGGCCCUGGAACUUCAAAAACUGUACAGAAUGGAGUAUGGCAGAAGAAACAGGACAGCCUUCAGGAUUCAAGUAGAGAAAGUGUACGAAGCAAUCAUGAAGGAGUCUGGGCUGAAUGAUCUGGAGAGCAAACACUUGGCUAAGAGAGCCAAGCACAGCCACAAUGACACCGGGGAUGGCAGCAGCAGCUCAGAGGAGUCCUCUGACAGUGAUGACCCCAUUCUGGAGAACACUCCCACCAACCACAUGAACAGCUCUCUGACAUCCUUGUACCGGAAAGGCCACCCUGAGUCUGGCACUUGCUCACCCAGGAGAGAUCAGCCUGCUGCCAGCAGUCCUGCCAGCACAGCCAACCUCCCUCCCAGUGCAGGGACGCUGGUCUCCACAGGAGGGUGGUUCAUCGACCGAGGCAGAGGCCCCGAGAAGAGCAGCAUCCUCAUCGACCUGUGUGAAGAGGAGCCAACGAAUACAAUGUCCAAUAAAACGGAUGUGUCCAUGCUACAACCUGAGAAAUCUGCCAAAAAGUCCAAAAAAAGGAGGAAGACCUCCACUGAAACUACGGAGUCUCGCAGCCUGAAUAAGAAAGCAAAGUCAAAGUCACCAGAGCUGCAGUAUCCUACUUUGAAGUUUGAAGAUGUAGGAGGUAAUGAAGAGACUCUAACGGAGGUGUGUAAGCUGCUGAUCCACAUGCGUCACCCAGAGGUGUACCAGCAGCUGGGAAUGGUUCCUCCGAGGGGCUUCCUGCUCCACGGACCUCCUGGCUGUGGAAAGACCCUGCUGGCCCAGGCUGUGGCUGGGGAGAUGCAGCUGCCCAUGUUGAAGGUGUCUGCUCCGGAGCUGGUGUCUGGAGUUUCUGGGGAGUCUGAACAGAAGCUCCGAGAGCUGUUUGACCUGGCUGUGGUUAACUUGAACAGUCUAACAGAGACGGCUCAGGUCCUGGUCAUCGGCGCCACCAACAGGCCAGACUCCCUGGACCCGGCCCUCCGCCGAGCCGGGCGCUUCGACAGAGAGAUCUGCCUGGGUAUCCCUGAUGAAGCAGCUCGUCUCAGGAUCUUGAAGACACUGUGUCGAAAGCUGAAGCUGCCGGAGGACUUUGACUACCAGCAGCUGGCCCGGCUCACCCCCGGCUACGUGGGCGCAGACCUCAUGGCUCUGUGCCGCGAAGCUGCCAUGAGUGCUGUCCACAGGGUUCUGCUGGAGAUAAGAGGACAAAGCUGGAGCGCCACUGAAGAGCUGUUAACACGCAGAGAUCUGGCUGAGGCUGCUGUGAGCGACGGAGAGGUCAGAGAACAACAGACCAACGACACUGAGCCAGUACCUGAGGAAGAGUCAGCACAGGAUCCCCUGCAGCAGGGGGAGCUCUGGCACCUGCUGCAUUUGCUGAAAAGCACUGAGACACUGUCGGAGGAAGAGCUGGCCGGCCUGUGCAUCCUUAUGUCAGACUUCAAGGCCUCUCUGGCCAGUAUCCAGCCUUCAGCCAAGAGGGAGGGCUUCGCCACCGUGCCCGAUGUCACCUGGGAGGAUGUGGGAGCCCUGCAGGACAUCAGAGAGGAGCUCACCAUGGCCAUACUGGCCCCGGUGCGGUCUCCAGAGCAGUUCAGAGCUCUGGGGCUCAGUGCUCCAUCUGGUGUGCUGCUGGCUGGACCUCCAGGAUGUGGAAAAACACUGCUGGCCAAGGCAGUGGCCAAUGAGUCAGGCCUCAACUUCAUCUCUGUCAAGGGUCCAGAGCUGCUCAACAUGUAUGUGGGAGAGAGUGAGCGCGCCGUCAGACAGGUCUUUCAGAGAGGACGUAACUCGGCUCCUUGUGUCAUAUUCUUUGAUGAGAUCGAUGCUCUGUGUCCUCGGCGCUCAGGCCAUGAGUCAGGAGCCAGUGUGCGGGUGGUCAACCAGCUGCUCACAGAGAUGGACGGCUUAGAGACUCGACGGCAGGUCUUCAUCAUGGCUGCAACCAACAGACCAGAUAUCAUCGACCCUGCCAUCCUGAGGCCAGGUCGUCUAGAUAAAACCUUGUAUGUGGGUCUGCCACCUCCUGCAGACCGCCAUGCCAUCCUGCUCACCAUUACUAAGGGAGGGACCAAACCUCAGCUGGAGGACGAUGUCUGCCUUGAAGAGGUCGCUUUCGACGAGCGCUGUGAUUGCUUCAGUGGUGCUGACAUCACUGCUUUAGUGAGGGAAGCAUCUGUUAAUGCCCUGAGGAUCUACCUGAAGUCCCAGCCUUCUCCAGCUUCUUCCUCUGGUCACACAUAUUCCUCUGGCUCUGUCGCUGACAUCAGAGUGAGCAAACAGAACUUUGAUGAUGCCUUCAAGAAAGUUCGACCAUCUGUGUCCAAAAAGGACCAGAGGAUGUACGAGCAGCUGAGAGAGUCCCUCAGCAGAUAACUACGAGACCAGAGCCUCAGACGACUUCAGUUAUUAUGGAAUAAUUGUGUCCUCUAUAUAUAUAUAUAUAUAUAUAUAUAUAUA